GAAUCAUUGUACUCAGGUUAAGUUGGUUGAAUGCGGGAGCAUUAUUGCACCGACGCUAAAAUUUGUUAUUGUCGUGUCGUAUUGAUUAUUGGUCGUAACUGUGUUAAAGAAAUAUUUAACAUUGACUUCGCGUAAAAACAAAUGAAUAAUUGUCAAAAGAAAAGUAAAAGGAGUUCAUUAAUGCAGGAAAACAUUUAUUAUUUUACUAAUUAUUAUAUUUCCAUUUCAUUCUUUUCUUGAAAUCGACAAGUGACAAAAUCGGUAAUUCGUUGUUUAUAUUUUCUGUUUUACAACGUACGAAUUAUUUUAAUUAAUAAAUGUAUUUAAAGUGAAUGAAGAACGAUUUAUAAUAAUACUUUUACAAGAAUGUCAUAUGCAAUGCCAACAAUUGUUUCCUGUUAACAUUGUUAUACAAAUAAAAUGAUGGAUUCUGCUACUGAGUCAGAACAUAUAGAGAAGUUAGUGAAAGAAGCUGAAAGUUUGAAAGUACGCUUAGAAGAUGAGAGACAGAAAUUAAAUGAUAUUACACUUGCUAGUGUAGCAGAUAGACUCGAAGCAAUUAGUUAUAUUAACGUGAAACCACGACGUGUUUUAAAAGGGCAUCAAGCAAAAGUCCUUUGUUCUGAUUGGUCACCUGAUAAACGUCAUAUUGUCUCCUCUUCACAAGAUGGUAAAAUGAUAAUAUGGGAUGCUUUCACGACAAACAAAGAACAUGCUCUUACUAUGCCAACCAUCUGGGUUAUGGCUUGUGCUUAUGCUCCAAGUGGUACUCUUGUUGCUUGCGGGGGAUUAGAUAAUAAAGUUACUGUUUAUCCUCUAAGUCAAGAAGACGAUGUUUCAACUCGCAAAAAAACUGUUGCAACGCAUACAUCCUAUAUGUCAUGUUGUGUAUUUCCUAAUAGUGAUCAACAAAUUUUAACGGGUAGUGGAGACAGCACAUGUGCUUUAUGGGAUGUAGAGAGUGGUCAACUACUACAAAGCUUUCUUGGUCAUUCCAGUGAUGUUAUGUCUAUUGAUUUAGCACCAAGUGAAACUGGUAAUACAUUUGUAUCUGGUAGCUGUGAUAAAAUGGUUUUAAUAUGGGAUAUGCGCACUGGUCAAUGUGUUCAAAGUUUUGAAGGACAUCAGUCUGAUGUUAACUCUGUAAAAUUUCAUCCAGGUGGUGAUGCAGUAGCAACAGGUUCUGAUGAUGCUACUUGUCGCCUUUUUGAUUUGCGUGCAGAUAGAGAAAUAGCAGUUUAUGGAAAAGAAAGUAUAAUAUUUGGAGCAAACGCUGUAGAUUUCAGCGUUAGCGGACGUCUACUAUUUGCUGGUUAUAAUGAUUACACUGUAAAUAUAUGGGAUACUUUAAAGUGUCAAAGAGUUGCAUUUUUGUAUGGACAUGAAAAUCGAGUAUCUUGUUUAAGAGUUUCUCCAGAUGGAACUGCUCUUUCUACUGGGAGCUGGGAUUCGACUCUACGAGUUUGGGCUUAAUUUUAAUAAAAUUACAUUUAUCAUCUGAUAUUGUUAGAUUAAAUUAAAAAAGUUUUUUAUUCAAUACAAAAGUAAAGACAUUAUGGUGUUAAAUGUUUCUUUAAUUAGCGUAUUUUAAAAGCAUAGUAAUACAUAAAACAUUGUACUAUAAGACUACUAUAAUAAUCAAAACAGAAGAACAGAAACAGAAAUAGAAAUUAAAUAAAAUUAGAAAUCGUAACUUUCUGAUACGAUUAUAAAAAUGUGAUAGCUUGAAAUUAAUAAUUAUUAGGCUGGUCCUAAUUGAUAGUAAAUCAUGUAAACAAUAUAUCUAUUUAAUGAAAUACAGUAUUAUCUUAUAUCAAGGUUAAUAAAAAAUUAGUUCAUGCAAAUUUUGUAUAAUUCAUGAUUUCUAAUUUUUU